AUGAGAUACUUACUGCCACUACUACUUCUCCUACCUUCACUAGCUGCCUCAGCAAACGAUGUAUUUAAAUCCAGUGACAUAUCACCAUUAUCCAACCCCCAUUUCAACUGUUCCUUAAUCACAAGUCAACCCUACGAACUCCAAUGCCAACACGCCAAAGACAAUUGCAACAAUAACAAUGGUAUACUCAACUACUACAACUUAUACUACUGCGACUUGAAAGCUUUCAAAGGAUGGGCUUUAAUUCCUUUACUCGUUUCGCUAAUCUACAUGUUUAUUUCAUUGGGGAUCACUGCACUGGAAUUCUUGUGUCCAAACUUACAUACAAUUUCAAAAUCAUUUUUGAAAAUUCCUGAUAAUUUAGCAGGAUUGACCAUUUUGGCAUUUGGGAAUAGUGCACCUGAUAUAUUUGGUACAUAUGAAGCCAUAAAGAUGAAUCUGAUCCAUUUAGCAUUGGCGGAAUUGAUUGGUGCGUCAUUAUUUAUAAGUACUUGUGUGAUUGGUUGUAUUGGAAUUGUUCAACCUUUCAAAGUGCCGCAAUUGUUAUUCAGACGUGAUGUAGCAAUGUAUUGUACGAUUUAUACAUUGAUAUUGGUGUGUUUACUCAUAGGAAAAUUGACAAAGGCUAUUUCAACUACAUUGAUUACCAUCUACAUAUGUUAUGUGGCUGUGGCGAUAUAUUCUCACAAGAUGCAACAAUCACGCGUCAACGCUAUAUUUCGAGAGAGGAGAUCUAGGGGUGAAUUUGGUGAUGUUGCUGACGAUGAUGAAGUAGCUAUUGAUGAGGUGUAUCUUGAUGGUGUAUCGCAAUUGCCAACAAUCGAUGACAUCAAUGUGGGUGAGGGGCUCAAUACGAAUUCUACUGGGAACUUUGGAUUACGGAAAUUGAUGGAGGAUUUAUCAUUACAUUCAAAUUUAGGAGGUGCGAUACAAUUGGAUACUGAGAGACAACUAAUGUCAUCAUCAAUCGAGGGAAGAGAACCAGAGGACAUUUCUCAUCAUGAAUACACACUUCUCGAUCGGUUUAUAAACUUGUUUUGUCCCCAGCUUACCCACUUCAAAGAAUACCAUAUUGGUGAAAAACUCAGGCACUUGCUAUUAAUUCCCAUAACGCUAGCUUUGAAACUGUCAACUCCAGUUAGAGACCACUCGAGUAUGCUUACUAUAGAACAGGAUUACAAGCCAAACACAGCGCAUAACGUAUUCAAUUACUCACAAGAGAGAAUCCAACUCACAGUUCAAACAGGACUUGGUUGUUUCCUUUUCCUCAUGGUUAAUACAAACUUUUCCAUCAUCUGGAAACUAAUCCUUCAUUCCGUUGUCAGUUUUGGUUCUGCUCAUGCGAUAUUCAGAUUAUAUCCAUUGCAAGCAUCACCCCAUUUCCCACAAAGAAUGACAGUCAUCAAUUACUUUACAUCCAUAUUUGGUCUCAUUAUAUCGGUCACUUGGAUAUCACUUAUAGCGGCAGAGAUUAUCAACAUCUUGCAAGUUGUAUCAACAGCAUAUCAUUUAAGUGAUGAUGUGUUAGGUAUCACGCUUUUCGCAUUGGGCAAUUCAGUUGGUGAUUUCAUAACUAAUUAUACCAUUGCUCAAAUGGGAUACCCUAUUAUGGCAUUUGCUGCUUGCUUUGGAAGUCCAUUAAUGGCAUUGUGCUCUUUUGGAUUCAGUGGGUUAAUUUUAGAUGGAAAUCAUGCAUUAAUAUUGACACCAACACUUCUCAUUGGAAUUGUCUCCUUGUUUUGCAAUAUGGUGGUACUUUGUAUAAUGGUACCCAAAAACUCAUGGAACUUGGACAAAAGAGUUGGCACAAUUCUAAUCACAAAUUGGUCCAUCGCAUGUCUACUUUGUCUACUAGUUGAGUUUAUACGUCACUAA